GCAGUGAGUGACAGCUAAAGCGUUCUAGCGCAGUGCUGCUCAGCUGACACUUGCUAACGUUAGCCACACAGUGCUAGCAUCACAGAGACAUUCUCUAAACGAAUAAAACACACCGUCGUACUUAAUUUGGUCCCCAACAUCACGGACACAGUCAGGACCGGUUUGGAUAUACACAUGUGGUCGGGCAUGGCGGGUGCGUUUAAAAGCGUUGCCAGAUCCUCGAUUUUUGUAGCUAGCUAGCUAGCUGGCUAACCACCGCUGGUUAGCAAUCCAGGCUUCCGAAGGGACGUUCCACCGGCUCCUCGUCGCCUCGCAUCCAGCCAUGGGAAUACUUUUCACCAAGCUAUGGAGGCUUUUUAAUCACCAGGAGCACAAAGUCAUCAUUGUGGGUCUGGACAAUGCAGGCAAGACCACAAUUCUUUACCAAUUUUCAAUGAACGAGGUGGUCCACACGUCGCCCACUAUCGGGAGCAACGUGGAGGAGAUUGUGGUCAACAACACGCACUUCCUGAUGUGGGACAUCGGGGGCCAGGAGUCGCUGCGGUCCUCGUGGAACACGUACUACACCAACACGGAGUUUGUCAUCGUGGUGGUGGACAGCACAGACAGAGAGAGAAUCUCCGUCACCAAAGAAGAGCUGUACAGGAUGCUGGCACAUGAAGACCUGAGGAAGGCGGGCCUUCUCAUUUUCGCCAACAAGCAGGACGUGAAAGGCUGCAUGUCGGUGGCCGAGAUCUCCCAGAACCUGCAGCUGACCUCUGUCAAAGACCACCAGUGGCACAUCCAGGCCUGCUGCGCCCUCACCGGCGAGGGUUUGUGUCAGGGUCUGGAGUGGAUGAUGUCACGGCUGCGUGUCAGAUGAUGACCUGCGGGGUCCUUGCUCCGGCGCCCUUCCUGAGACAUGAUGAUGAUGAUGAUGAUGAGCAGGAGGACUUGCAGUUAGGUCGGUCUUUUUUUUUUUUUUAAGGACGACCCUCUAUCCUGUGAGGCCAGGACCCUUCUUUGUCUCCUGUGAUAAUUUAUUGGACAAAGAACUUGAACCAGAACUGUGACCUUCAUGACCUUCAUGACGGGGUCACAUUAUUUAAAGAGAACUUUUUGCACGCUUUUCCUUUCAACAAAAAGACAUACUAGGUCCUGAUGUGCUCUUCACCACCCCCCGUGGCCUUGCAGUAUUACCGCACCGGCUGCAGACGACGACGAUGAUGAUGAUGAUGAUGAUGAUGUGUGUGCGGUCCAGUAUUGUUUUAACUCGGUGCCUGCAGCAGCGUGGUGACAAGACGCUUGGUGGAGGCUGAAACCAGUGACAGGGAGCUUUGGUGUUUGGGUGGAAUCACUGUGUGCCCCCCCUCGUUUCAGCCCCUGUACAUAACCAAUUAAAUUGUUUUUAUCUGAC